GUUUGGGUGAAAGAGCAUUGCCAACUAAAUCGGUUCAAACACCACAAAGGAAUUGCAUCGAGGCGGACCGCUGCAUUGGGCGGCCGCCGAGAAUUGCGCCACAUGAGCCGCGUGCACCAAGAUUCAUGCCAAAUCGGUCAAAGGUUCUAUCUUUUCUCCCCCUAGAUUCUUAAUCAUCAUCAUCGCCCAUUUUUUCCCAAUUUCAAUCCGAAAUCUGCAUCGUCCCCUUUCUUGAUUCCUGGGUUUCCUCCGACGGACCGUAUUCAUCGCCCGUGUUCCUUUUUUUGUUAUGCGUGCCCGCGAGUUUUGACGGUGGAUUGCGUGAGAAGUUAGAUUCGGGGCAUUCAGCAAUUGGGUUUUUGAAUCUUUAAUUUUGAAUCUUGUUUCGUUAAUGGCGAUUGUCUGAUUCAUUCGGCGUUUGUUGUUGGGAUUUCUUGUCUAGCUGAUAAGGGUUUCUGGGCAUGCCUUGUUUUUUUGGAUUGAUUGGUUUGGCUGGCUAGAUUUUGAUUGGAUUUGUCUGAUGGCGAUGAAUUGUGGCGGGGAGAGCUUGUGUAGUGGGAUCGAGAUUGAGAGUAGGGGUUUCAUGGAAGAUUGCCCGGACAGGAAUCUUGAUUGUUUAGGCAAAUCCUGGGGAUUUGAUUGUGGCAAGGGGAAGUUAACAGACGAUGUUGCUGAUUUGCUGCCUCGCGAUCCGUUUGGCAUGGAUAUUAACACAACCAUGACCGAACUCUCUGGCAUCACCGGUUGGAUUGAGAACAUUGAUGAUCAGUUAUUUUCCGGCCAUCUGUUUUUGGAUUGUAAUAUGGAGGGGAUAAUGGAUAUCAGUUACAAAAUCAAAAACUACUGGAUUUGCAAAGCCGAAUCAUCCAAGAAUCAGGGAUCCUCUGCAGCUGUUUUUGAUGGCGAAGGAGGUGACCCUCCGGAUGGCAUGUUUCUUGCUCUCUCUUAUCUGGGUGUCGAAGAUCUUCUUUCUGUGGAGCAAGUAUGCAAAUCCUUGCGCGAUGCAGUGCAAAACGAUCCUCUUAUAUGGAGAAGUAUAAAGAUAGAUCAUCCUUUGAGUGAUAAGAUCACAGAUGGGGCUCUGUUGCAGUUGACAAACAGGUCCCAAGGACAGCUUUGUUGCUUGAGUCUCGUGGAGUGUUUGAAGAUCACGGAUGGUGGCUUGAAGAAUGUUCUUGAGAGGAGUAAAAGGCUCACAAAGCUUUGCGUAGCGGGGUGCAUGAAGCUCAGCAUUGAUGGGCUUUUGUCUAGCUUAAAAGUCUUCAAGAACACGGGAUACCCGGGGAUAAAGCGUCUAAGAAUAGGUGGACUCUUUGGUGUGACAAACGAACAUUACGAAGAGCUGAAGCUACUUCUUGGAGUGAUGGAUGACACCUGCCAGCUGUCGACCGCCACCCAUAAACCGCGGUUUUACCGGGGUGGCCAGCUGUAUCUCUCAGUGGACGAUGAACGGGCCAUAGACAUUGAAAUGUGCCCCAAGUGCCAGCAGCUCAGGCUGGUGUACGAUUGCCCCUCGGAGAGCUGCCAAGGGGCCCCACUGCAGGGCGGCGCACAGCUGUGCAGGGCUUGUACUCUGUGCAUCUCUCGUUGUAAAAGCUGCGGCUGCUGCCUGAGCAACUGCGACUACGAAGAGACAUUCUGUCUGGAAAACCUGUGUUCGGAUUGCAUAAAGAAGUUUUUCCCCAACCACCCGUUCUUGCGCCCAACGGGCAUUUUCUUCAUCUGUGGCUAGAAGAGCUCAACCCAUCCACCGUUUUUUUGACUUUUAGGCCGGGCCGGGCCUGGAUUAUAGCCCGUAAACCGUAAGCCGUCUGAUAUAGAGACGGAGGGGCAGAAGCAUCAACAGGCUGGAUAUUCUUAUAGUUGUUGAGAUUUCCAUCCUCUGUACUAGACAAAAAAAAGAAGAAAAAAAAAGAAAAAAAAGGAUUAGGCACGAAGCUCGGCCUAAGCCCUCGUCGGGGCCCACAAGAAAUACAUCACGGGCGGUUGGAGCCUUGAAGACGGAGUGGAGUCGGUUCACGCGAGUCGUCGAGGUUUGGAAUCCGAAAUCAAAAUGUUCAUUCAGAAAAGAUGAAACAUCAGAUGAUGAGGAGUGAAAAUGUGAAGGAAGAAAAAAAAAGACAGUGGAAAUGUGCAAGUGGCUGGGGUGAUGGACCAGACAUGGGACAAAAAAACAAUGAAUUUCAAAUGGCAAUAAGGUUAAAUGUUGUACUAGCGAUGUUGUCCCAACUCUCAAAGGGUCAUUUUAGUCAUUUUUCUUUGGUGUCAUGACUUUGAUAAUUGCCAUUUAUUAGGCAUCCCAUCUUUCAAUGCCACUCGCGUGUGCCAAAAAUCAUGGAGCUCAUUUUGGGUUGUUGUGGCAAAAGAAGAAGAAGAAAAAAAACUAUCUUAGUAGUACUAACUAACUAUGGCAUUCAUUACAUUCUCCCUAUUAUAUAUUGCCUUUUGUAACAAAACUUCAUUGUGAAA